GGGAGGGGGGCUGCGGGGACGGGGAGCUGGAGCCCCUGCGGCUGCGGCGGCUGCGGGGCGAGGGCUUCUUCGAGGUGCCCGCGGCAGACCGGCUGGGAAGGUGCCGGAGCGUGAAGGAGUUUGAGAAGCUGAAUCGGAUCGGAGAGGGCACCUACGGCAUCGUGUACCGUGCCCGGGACACCGUGACAGAUGAGACCGUGGCAUUGAAGAAGGUGCGGAUGGACAACGAGAAAGAUGGGAUGCCCAUCAGCAGCCUGCGGGAGAUCACCCUGCUCCUGGAGCUCCGGCACCCCAACAUCGUGGAGCUGAAGGAGGUGGUGGUGGGGAACCAUCUGGAGAGUAUUUUCUUGGUGAUGGGGUACUGUGAGCAGGACCUGGCCAGCCUCCUUGAGAACAUGCAGACACCUUUUUCAGAAGCUCAGGUGAAGUGCAUCAUCCUGCAAGUCCUCAAGGGCCUUCAGUACCUCCAUGAGAACUACAUCAUCCACAGGGACCUGAAGGUCUCCAACCUCCUCAUGACUGACAAAGGCUGCGUGAAGAUCGCUGACUUUGGCCUGGCUCGUACCUACGGGUUGCCACCAAAGCCCAUGACCCCCAAAGUCGUCACGCUCUGGUACCGAGCGCCUGAGCUGCUGCUGGGGAUGACGACGCAGACCACCAGCAUCGACAUGUGGGCUCUGGGCUGCAUCCUGGCCGAGCUGCUGGCCCACAAGCCGCUGCUGCCGGGCACCUCCGAGAUCCACCAGAUCGACCUCAUCGUGCAGCUCCUGGGAACGCCCAAUGAAAACAUCUGGCCGGGUUUCUCGCGGCUGCCCCUGGUCACUCAGUACACGCUGCGGAAACAGCCCUACAACAACCUCAAGCACAAGUUCCCCUGGCUGUCGGAGGCUGGGCUGCGGCUCCUCAACUUCCUCUUCAUGUACGAUCCCAAGAAACGGGCGACAGCGAAGGACUGCCUGGAGAGCUCCUACUUCAAGGAGAAGCCCCUGCCCUGCGAGCCAGAGCUCAUGCCCACCUUCCCCCACCACCGCAACAAGCGGGCGGCCGCCGGCAGCGCGGGGACCGAGAGCCAGGCCAAGCGUGGCAAGCCCUGAGCAGGGGGAGGCAGAGCAAGGGGGGCUCUGUCCCCUCCAGGGAUGGCUCCUGCAUUCAUGUCCCCUCCCCACUGCAGCGUGGGGACAGCCCGGCUGUGGCAGGGAGCACUGCUGCCCACAGCUUCAGCCCCAGAGCUGGGCAGGGGCAGGAGAGAGGAGAGAAGGGGCCAGGCCCCCCCCCCACGGCACAACAAGGAGAGGCUGGGGUACCAAGGGGGCCCCUCAACUGGCCAGGGGUCACCUCAACUUUGCUGUCAAUAAAAGCAGCCGCCAGCAGCA